AGCGAUAUACAAUCACUGAAAACAUGUUAUUUAACUUUUUGUUAGGACAAACAUUAUAGAUGGAUUUAAGUGGUUACAAGACCGGGACGGGGUCCCAGAGCUCCGAUAGCCCGGCCUCUGUUGGCAGCGGAUCUACUUCUGGCUUUGAAAAGAAUGCAUUCUCUCCUCUACCAUCUCCAAAACUACCGGCUCCGACGCCGAAAGGCGUUGAGAAUGCCAAGAAACGACUUCGUGCAUUCUCAAUUAUGCAAAAAAAGACGCCUCUUUCGACAAUGCCAGUGCCGAAAGCUGUAAAUGCUGGAGGUCCUACAGUGUACAUCGGGAAGUUAAGUAGUGUGAAAGUAACAGCAAAACCUGAAGAUCCUGCAGCAGAACAGAAAAAACCUCCAAAACCCCCUAAACCUGGAUACAUCAGAAAACUUAUACAGGCGGAGCAUAUGGACCAACAGAAGAAGACAUUGUCAGAGAUCGAAGACAUGAAGAGGAAAAUGGAAUUAGUGGAGCUCGGUAUUCCCCUCGGCCUCAUCUGUCCCAGCUCUAACAACGACAAGGCCAUGCCGACUAAAGCUAUGCCCCCAAUCAAAUCAUUUAUAGAUCCAGCAAAAGUGGAUGAAAUAAUUCAAGAAGCGAAGAAGGCUAAAGCCGAAGGUAAACCAUUCAAGUUUGACUAUCAGAAAUUGUUACCUGGCUACGACAACCCGUUCCAAAGGAAGAAGGAUGAUCCUCGUGAAAAAGAAAAAAGACCAGACGAUCGCAGCAAGACUAAAGACAGAAGAAGUGACAAGUUCGAUAAGAGAUCCAGCAAGAAACAUGACAAAUACAGGGAGGAGAGACCUAAAAGUGGAGAUAAAAAAGAAAUCGUGAAGAAAGAGAAAGGUCAGAAGGAGACUGAUGUUAAUCUCAACGAUUAUCUCGUGUGCGAUAGCUGGUCCCUGGACAACGAAGAUAAGAUUGUAAGUCCUAAAGUAGACGAGAAGCCGAAACCUAAAUCCAGUGAUUCUACUCCGAAACCCGAGGAUCCAGUGGAACAAUUAAAGGAGAGCAUCCAAAAGACUUCACAACAAGAAACCCCCAAGACCGGUACUAAGAAAAUAGGGAAGCUAAAACCAGUUAUCGAUUCUUUCGAAUACGAAAUCGAUCCCAACGAGGAGGCGCUCGAUAUAUUCGACGAACAAAUCGAAUUGGAAAAGUUUUCCAAGCCGACCGCGACCAGGACAGACAAAAGUCCGAUCAGACUUAACUUAUACGACGACGAAGUCACUAAGGACGGGGCGAACGACGAGUCCUUCCUGCAGUCGGUCAUCAACGAGAUACAGGACGAGGAGAUCAACGAAGACUCCAUCCAGGACAAAGGGCUGGUCGAGUACGAAAUAUCGCCCAAAGACGACGAGAGCCCGAGGGCCAACCGGUCCGUGACUCCCGAGGUCAAGGACUCCAGCGCCAGCCAACGGAGCGACUUCUCCGACAGCUUCAAGUCGAUGGAGUCCGGCUAUAGGUCCACGGAGUCUGGCUACCGGUCCACGGAGAGCUCCAGGUCCUACCGCAUGUCCCUGGACAAGGACUUCGAAGAAGCUGAAAACAACAUGUCCAAAUCGACAGUCGACUCCCUCGAGGUCUGGAGCUUCGUGCUGAAGAUCUGUCAGCCGCUGUUGUUCCGACACGACAAGGAUAAAUGUUACAAAGAAACCCAUGCCGUGCCUAAAGUGUGGUUCGCUGAGAACCCGAAGACGUGUCGCUGCGUGAAGGACCGCGCCGUGGUGUACGAGGAGCUGGAGACGUGCAAGAUGUCGCUGGUGGACCGCGUGUACGGCUGCGACCAAAUAUCUGAUUUCCCGUGUCCCUCGUCGCGCGAGUGGUACCCUCCCCUGCGUCCCCCCGCGGCCUCCCCCCCGGCCCCCGUGCCGCGCGCCCCCCGCGCCCCCUGCGACGACUGGGAGUCGGAGGAGCAGCCGGCCCCCCACACCCCGCAGCGCACCGAGACCGUGUACCUCGACCGGGAGUAUCAGAGGUUCAUGCAAGCGGUGCUGUCGGACGUGUCUGAGCAGAAAGCGGACGCGCCCCGCAGCACCACGCCCGUCGCCGCCGAUGACAAGAAGAAGAAGCCGCGCCUCAACAGCGAGGGCUGGAGCCAGGAGUCUGACGUAGACGACCAGCCGCCGAAAAGCAAAAAAAUUAAAUUCGACAAAGAAAAGGUGAAGACGCGUAAAAGGAAGCACUCGACGACCUCCGUCACCGACAGCGACGACCAGGCCGCCAGGCGGAAGAAGUCUCUCAAGAAGAAGGAGAAUAAGAAAGAAAAAUUGAAACUAUUGAAACGGAAGAAAUUAGGAAAGAAAUAUUUGAAGAAGUUAAAAGAAAAACAGAAGAAAAGGAAGAAAGCGAAGAUCAGUGAUGAAUCUGAAGAGGACGAGGAAAAUGAGAGAGAGAAAAAGAAGAAAGAUAAGAAACGUAAAAAGAAAAAGCUCCAAAAGAAACGCAAGCACCGCAAGAAGAAACGCUCCAAGGCGGCGUCGUCCAGCAGCAGCUCCUCCUCCAGCUCCGACUCCUCCAGCGACUCCGACUCGGACUCCGACGCCAGGAAAAAGAAAAAGAAGUCCCAAGGGAAGAAGAAACGGAAGCAGUCCAGCUCCUCCGCGCGCAGCGACGAGCUCUUCGACGUCAACAUUCUCAACAACAUCAAGACUGAGAGGAUGACGGAUGACGAGACCUUCUCGCCGCGCAAGAAACCGCGGGAGAUCAUCAACGUCAAGGAGCUGCAGAGCGACUUCGUGGGAAACAACUUGCACAUCAAGAGAGAGCUGGAACUCCCGCCGCCCCCCCUCCCCGCACCUCACAGCGCCGAGGAUAAGGCGGCAGGGCUUCAGGCUUCAGGACAGGAAGAAUUAGAAAACAAUACAGAUGUUGUAGCAGAAAAAGAAAGCCCGCACGAAGAGGUUCUCGAGAAAGUAGAAGAUCAAAAAGAAAAUUUAGAGGAGGAGAUAGUGGAAAAGAUUGAAGAGGUUGUUGAAAAGAUAGAAAAAGAGAAAGUGGAAAAGAUGGAAGUGGAACCCGUGAAGGAAAUCGAAAUUUGUUCUGAAGAGAAAAUUGAAGAGAAGGCGGAGGAAAUGAAGAUCGAUCCACCGCACCACCCCUCGCCGCCCCGCGACCCGCGACUCGCCAACUCGAAACAGCCAACGGCAAAGAUACCUUCUAAUCUGGGCGAAAAAAUUAAAGUUCAUCAAUCGUUGUCCACGGACAACACCGCUGAUAGAUUCGCUAACUAUGACGUCCGCGGGGAGCGGCUGCCCGACGAUAAGUUCGCUGGCUACGACGAAGGGAAUUACGAAAUGUUGGAGCAAAUGGCAAUGGCGUACCAGAGCGAUGUGUCCAAGGAAAGUGCGGGGCUGUCGCAGCGGAUAGAGACGGUGGUGGGCGGGAGGCGGGGGGAGAUCAAGUGUGACUGGCGCCGCGACCAGCUCACUGAGCGCGCGGGCCACCCGGAGCUCUCGCACAGACCCUCCAGGUGGGGUUUGAAGCCAGGCGACGUGAACAUAGUGUUGACUGGGGGCAGCACCGAGCCUCAGCCGCAACCUCAAGUUCAGCCUCAGCCUGUCUACAGGAUACAGAGUCUCGCAAAGAGAACUAGCGACUCCUGUUCGAUUGGUUACGACGAGGCCUACCAGGACAUGUACGGAGCGUCCGACCGGCUGCAGUACGGGGACUGCUUCGCCGACACCGCCCCCCCCGCCGCCCCCCCGGCCGACACCCCCGCGCCCCUCAGCAGCCUGGACGAGAGGAUCUCCCGCGCGCUGCAGGGCACCGUUCUCGGCGAAGUUGCCAAAGAAGUCGCAUCGGUUGGUGGAGAGGGCGAGGGCCGGGAGAGGGGCAUCCUCGUCACGAGGCCCCCCGCGGAGCCGGCCCGCGCCCCCAAGCGCGUGAGCUUCGCCGACGGCUACGAGCCCGGACAGGACUCCGACAUAGAGGAGCCUCCCGUCAAAAAGGCCCGCAGCAGGGCCCCCCCGGCGUCCCGGGGCUGCGCGUGGCCGUGCCCGGCGUGGCACCCCGACCACGUGCCGCUGUGGGACGCGCUGCCGCCCCCGCCGCCGCCCCCCGGCGACCCCCCGCCGCUGCAGCACCUCCUCGCCAAGUCGGCGCCCCCAACAGCUCGGCCUCCGCCCUUCAUGCCGCCGGAGCCCCCGCCGGGGAUCCUCUCCUUUUAAUUAGUUU